AUGGCGUCCGAAGAAUUGCCCAACCGUCCCAAGCCGGAAGAAACUAUAGCAAACAUUGACCCGUCCAAAGCUUCGGCUGCGACUCCAUCAGACCCAACGGCGGAGGGUCCGAGCAAGAGUGCAAGCAAGAAUGCCUUGAAGAAGGCUGCAAAGGAGAAAGCGAAGGCGGAAAAGGCAGCUCAGCGUGCUGCACAGGAGAAGGCGCAGGCCGCUGCACAGCAAACAGCUGACACGGCAAAGGGGCUAUAUGGACCGCUUCCAGAAACGGAAGAUGUGCUUCCUGCAACCAGAUUCACUGAGCUUUCGGAGGAGCUUGCCGAGAAGGAAAUUACAGUGGUCGCUCGUGUUGACAAUGCCCGUGUGCAGAGUGCGAAGCUGGCGUUUUUGAUGCUCAGACAGCAAGGACAGAAAGUGCAGGCCGUCAUUGCUGCAGCAGAACCGAUAUCGAGGCAGAUGGUGAAAUAUACAGGUGGAUUGAAUGUCAACUCCAUCGUUCAGGUCACCGGUAUCGUGAAGAAGGCGGACAUCCCGAUCGUGUCUGCUACGUACAGCAAUGUCGAAAUCCAUAUCAGGAAAGUCUAUAUGAUCGCAGAGGCUUCUCAGCAGCUUCCUAUGCAGGUCAAGGAUGCCGAGAGGCCACCGCCAGAGUCAACGGAGGAAGGGCAAGUCGAUGCCGAAGGUGCUCCUCUUGUUACUCUGAAGACUCGUCUUGAUAAUCGUGUCCUCGACCUGCAAACUGAGGCCAAUCAGGCUAUCACUUGGAUUUCUAGCGGUGUUGCCCAAUUGUUUGCGGAGUACAUGCUCAAGAGUGGUGCCAGAUGGAUCUCGACACCCAAGUUGGUGGGAGCUGCUACUGAAGGUGGUAGCAACGUUUUCGAGAUUAAGUAUUUCAAACGUAAGGGCUAUCUGGCACAGAGUCCUCAGCUGUACAAGCAGAUGUGCAUUGCAGGUGACAUGGAGAGCGUCUUUGAAAUUGCUCCGGUUUUCAGGGCCGAGGACAGCAACACCCACAGACACAUGACUGAGUUCACUGGCCUUGAUUUCGAGAAGACAUUCCGUCAUCAUUACCAUGAAGUCUUGGAGUUUGCUGAAGAACUACUUGUCUUCAUUCUCGGCGAGCUCAAGGAGAGAUAUAAGGAUAAGAUUGCGAUUAUCCAGAAGACGUAUCCCAAAGCUGGUGACUUCAGACUCCCCAAACACGGCAAGGCACUGAGACUCAAUUAUAUGGAUGGCGUGGCUCUGCUGAAGGAGGCAGGCGUCGAUGUUUCUGAGCAAGAAAAGUUCGAAAAUGACUUCACCACUGCGAUGGAGAAACAACUAGGCCAGAUUAUCCGGGACAAGUACGACACCGAUUUCUAUGUGCUCGACAAGUUCCCCAUGGCCGUACGACCUUUCUACACCAAACCCUGUCCCAACGACUCCAGAUUUUCUAACUCGUAUGACUUCUUCAUGCGUGGAGAAGAGAUCAUGUCUGGUGCACAGCGUAUUAACGACUACAAGGAGCUGGAGAAUGCUAUGAUCGCCAAGGGCGUCAACCCGCACCAGGAAGGUUUUGAGGAUUACUUGACGGCUUUCCGCCAGGGAUGUCCUCCUCACGCUGGUGGCGGCUUGGGUCUGAACCGUAUUGUAAUGUUCUUCCUGGGAUUGCCUAAUAUUCGUAUGGCGACUCUGUUCCCUCGUGAUCCUCAGCGCUUGCGUCCUUAA